UAUAAUUAAAAAUUCAAAUUUUAGGUCUUACAUCGGUAAUCACAUAACAAUUGAGUCACAUGUCUGUAGAUCUUCCUCCUUUUUAUAAAACUUCGUGGAAAGAGCUGAAGUACUAACCAUUUUAUUCAAUAGUUCAAUGGCAAAGGACAAAUUGAAUUACAACCAUACCAUUUCCGUUUCCUUCACCUUUAUAAUCUGUCCAGCAGCCCGAUCAAUCACCAACUCAUUAUGGCUAACCUCUUCCGCAAACAAGCUCAGAGUUAUGCCACCGCCCGUCCAACUUACCCGCUGGAGCUCUUCCGGUACAUCGCCUCGAAAUGUCCCGGCCGCCGCCUCGCUUGGGACGCCGGCACCGGCAGCGGCCAAGCUGCCGCCUCCCUCUCCGCGGGCCCGGGCAGGGGCAACGCUGCCGCCUCCCUCUCCUCCAUCUUUGACUCCGUCAUAGCGACGGACGUCAGCCCAGAGCAACUCUCCCACACCCCAUCCCAAAUCCCCAACAUCCGCUUCAUCCUCACCCCUCCCUUCCUCCCCCUCGCCGAUCUCCACCGCCUCGUCGCUCCUCCCGCCUCCAUCGACCUCAUCACAGUCGCACAGGCUCUGCAUUGGUUCGAUCUCCCUACAUUCUUUGCGCAGGCACGAUCGAUGUUGAGUCCAGGCGGGGUUCUGGCGGCGUGGUGUUACACGAGGGCAGUGAUCGACGACGGGAGAUCUAGGGCGGAUGAGAUCUACCGGGAAAUUUAUGCGGAAUCAGGGCCGUAUUGGGCAGAGGAAAGGAAGAUGGUAGAGGAAGGGUAUGUGGGAGUGGAGUUUCCGUUUAGGGCAGUGGAGGGGGAGGAAGGCACGGGGCCUGUUGUGAGGUUUGCGACGGAGAGGGAGAUGACGGCGGCAGAUUUUUUGGAGUAUGUGAGGUCCUGGUCGGCGUAUCAGACGGCGAGGGAGAAAGGGGUGGAGCUUUUGACCGACGAGGUUAAGGAAGAGUUGGGAAGAGCGCGGGGAGACGACGGAGAGGAGACCAAACUUGUUAGGUUUCCCAUUAGCUUGAGGAUUGGGAGGAUUUGA